AUGGUAUCCCAAGCGGUGCAGCUGCUCCGGCAGGGAGUAUGGGCGGCGUUGACCGGAGGCUGGUACCACGAUCCGGAGCAAAGUAAAUUCACUAACAGCUGCCAUCUCUACCUCUGGCUGUUCUUGCUGCUUCUGCCCAUGGCGCUGCACUUGGCAUGCCCCCCCACUACUAUCAUGGCUGUCAUCUACUGUGGUUCUGUGACCUUAUUUUUCAUGAUCAUAAAGGUGAUCACUUAUCGCCUGCACCUGAUGUUUGACAAAGGAGAGAUGAUUCAACAAAAGCUCCCUUGUAAGGAAGGGAAACAAAAUAAAAAAUGUAAAAGAGAUAAUGCAAUUCAGCAUAAAAAUCUCAGCAGUAACACAAGGGACAAUGGUGCAGAGGAGACCAAGCAUAAUGGUUCAACACCCACUAUCCACAGUAGCAUCAAAGGGCAGGCUAUCCUCUCUCAUUACCCUUCGGGAAACCUGAAUCUGCCAGCUCAAGAAACCAUCGAAGAUCUGAAAGGAGUACUGGUUUCAGAAGAACAACCUGUCCCAACAGUAUUAUUGACCUCACCCUGCAUCAAAGCUGACAUUUUGCCUGCUUCUGUGACAAGUAUGCCAAGUUCCACCACACCAGCAAUAGUGGACAAGCCGAAUGUUAUGGAGACUGUUAUCAAUGGUGGAACAAAUGAAAAAGAAGAGAAGGCACAACCGUCUAACUAUAGUGGAGAAGAGGAUGCUCCUCUGGAUAAAGAUGUGGUUGUUAAAAAAUUGCCAAAUCUUUCCUUGUCCCAGUGUGAUAUUUUAAAAACACACAUUUCUUUUGAGCCUUGGAGUAUGGACAGUCCUGUCCUCUUUUCAGAUAAUUUAAACGAUCUUACAUGUUUAAGGAAAGAGAAUUUAUUGGAUGGAUCAGCUCAAGACAGCACUGCAAGCAGUUUCCCUCAGUGCCAUUCUAUGGAAACGAAGAGAUUUGCAGAAAGAGAUUUGGAUGACUUAAAAGCAGAGUUUGAUGAAUCAGAAAGUGAGAUAGCUGUUGCACUGGUGGACAGUUCUCAUUCUGGAGAUCCAUUCACGUUACACGAACCCAUUAAAAUAGUUAUCACCAUGAGUAGCACCCAUAACUCAGCUACUGAUUUGGAGGGCUUGCCUCACAUGAAAUUGUCGAACGCUGAGAAAUCUGGUUCAGAUCCAGAAUCUGCUGUGGCUGCAACAGUUCAAGAUAGUAAACAAAGCAACAAUCCAAUGAUAAUCCCUGUCAUUACUUUUGAUCUAUCUGAGGACAAUGGAGGCCAUGCUUUUCAAGAAGUAAGUGAAAGUUUAAGAACCCCAGAGAAUUUAAAUGUCAAUGCAUCGUCUAAUCAAUGUUCCGGCUAUGAAUCUGGUGAACAAGACAAUAUUGGAAAGGAAAACAGUGACAAUCCCUCAAACAAUCCCUCAAGCCAUGAAGGAAUAAUUAUGUGUCCUGAAAAUGCUUCUGAAAUUCUAGAAGACCCAGAAGAAGGCCAGUGGAAUUUGGAAGUCCCCUUAUAUAAAACAGCUCAUGAGAAGAGACAUGCUCGUGUUCUCAGUGUGGAUAGUGGGACAGAUGUGUUUUUAAGUAAGAAUUCAUCAGAGACUGUUAGUGCAAAAGAAAAACUUAUGCCCACAUCGAAAUCCGACCUGGAAGCUAAAGAAGGGCAGAUACCAAAUGAAUCAAAUUUCUUGGAAUUUGUUUCACUGCUGGAAUCCAUCAACACUUCAAAGCCAACAGCACCAGAAUUGAAAGCAGAGCCUGCAAAAGAUAAAGGGCUAGCUGGAGAUGGCUUUUUAAGAGAGAAAAAAGAGGGUGCAUUGACAACAGGGAAAAAUUGUGCAGAAAAAGAAAAUCAUGGUUCCUGUAAACAGGAGAAAACCGAGAUGGAAACUCAGGAUUGUAUUAAUGUUAAUCCAGUGAUCCCAGAGUCAAUAAAGUUCACUGCCCAUUACCAGAGCACCAGACAACGACAAAUCAUUUAUCGGGUAACUUCGCAGCCAGACAGUUCCCUCUUGCAAGUCAUAAGUGGGCCUGAAGCAUCUGUGCAAGAAGAGAUGUCCCUGGAUGCAAUGCACAUCUAUUCCUUCAUAGAUGGAAAUGGAGAAAUGAAGUCCUUGUACUUAAGGAGUCAAACAGAAGGAAAUAUUGAAAAUUCGCCCAUCUAUGAUUGCAUCUCCAAUCCACAUGAAAUCCAUUUCAGCUCCUCUAGUACAACUACCUCAGAGAUCCAAGAAGCAUCUUCUGGAGAUCAUGGGCGAAGGGCACGGCAACAGCAGUUCUUACUGAUGCUGGCACGGGGAGCUCUUUCUGAAACCCACCGGCAUUUUAGUGAAGACCUUGAGGAUUCUUCAUGCUCAUCAGCUCAAAGAAAAAUUAAUAGACAGUUUUACAAAUUUAUUGUAUUUCCUGGCAAAUGGAUAAAAAUCUGGUAUGAUCGACUCACCUUGCUGACAUUGCUGGACAGGACAGAAGAUGUCAAGGAGAAUGUUUUGGCAGUUCUUCUAGUAAUCCUUGUUUCUUUUCUUGGCUUUGUAAUCAUGAACCAAGGUUUUUGUAAAGACAUUUGGGUGAUCCUGUUCUGUCUUAUUAUGGCAAGCUGUCAAUACUCUCUUCUAAAGAGUGUUCAGCCUGAUCCUGCCUCACCUAUACAUGGCCACAACCAGGUGAUAAUAUACAGCCGGCCUAUAUAUUUUAGCAUAUUGUGUGGCCUUAUUCUAUUGCUAGAUNUUGGAUCCAACCAAAUCUCCUUUCUCUCCCUUCUUAUCUUUGUUCCUUCAGGAUUUUUAUAUUGCUUUCCUGUGAUUUCUCUUCUUGGUCUUUUCCCACAAAUCAACACAUUCUGUAUAUAUCUCCUUGAACAGAUAGAUAUACUGGUGUUUGGUGGUUCUGCUGUUGCUGGACUGUACUCUUCACUCUACAGUAUUUGUCGAAGCUUUAUUGCUGUAAUUGUCCUGUACACAUUCUGCUUCAAUGCAGUUAAGGAACCAUGGGAUGCUCAACAUAUUCCUGCACUGUUCUCUGCCUUUUGUGGACUUUUAGUGGCACUUUCUUAUCAUCUGAGCAGGCACAGCAGUGACCCAUCUGUCUUAGUGUCUCUUAUUCACUGUAAAUAUUUUCCUCACCUUGUAAAGCAACAUUUUGAAGAACCACGAGUUGAUCCACUCCCUGAGAAAAUGAAAGAAUCAGUGAGGGAAACCCUGAGAUCAGAUCUCAUCAUGUGCUCUGUGGCUGCUGUGCUCUCCUUUGCAGUCAGCGCCAGUACCGUUUUCUUGUCAUUAGGGCAACUACUCAGCCUGGUGCUUUUCAUUUUUGCGUGGACUGUGGGAUUCAUAACACACUACGUACUUCCUCAACUUCGCAAACAUCAUCCAUGGAUGUGGAUAUCCCACCCUAUCCUUAAAAAUAAGGAAUAUCGGCAGAGAGAAUUAAGAGCUGCUGCUCACUUAAUGUGGUUUGAGAGACUGUAUGUGUGGCUUCAGUGUUUUGAAAAGUACAUCUUGUAUCCAGCCAUAAUACUGAACUCCCUCACCAAUGAUGCUUUUUUAAUCAGCAAAAACAAGAGGAUUACCUCACACUGUGAUAUCUUUCUAAUUACAAUUGCGGGAAUGAAGCUACUGCGGUCCUCAUUUUGCAAUCCCAUUCAUCAGUUUGUUACAUUAAGUUUCACCGUCAUCUUCUUCAAGUUUGAUUACAAAGGUUUCUCCGACAACUUCUUAUUCAACUUCUUCAUUAUGUCAAUUGUGUUUAAUAAGCUGUGGGAUCUACUACAGAAAUUACAGUUCAUAAUGACUUAUAUUGCUCCUUGGCAGAUUGCCUGGGGCUCAUCUUUCCAUGUGUUUGCUCAGCUCUUUGCAAUACCUCAUUCUGCAAUGCUUUUCUGUCAGACUCUGGCUACUGCAAUCUUUUCUACUCCCUUGAGCCCAUUUCUAGGGAGUGUCAUUUUUCUCACAUCGUAUGCCAGACCAGUCAAGUUCUGGGAAAGAAGUUACAA